UUUGAUGGUGACUUCAUAAUUAACAUACAAUGUCCAUAAAAAUAAUACACACUCCACUACUGAAAUGAAAAGGCAAAACCAAAGCUCUGUGGUUGAAUUCAUCCUCUUGGGUUUUUCUGAUUUUCCUGAACUCCAAGAGCAGCUCUUUGGGGUUUUCUUGGUUAUUUACGUGGUGACUCUGAUAGGAAAUGCCACUAUUAUAGUCAUCAUCUCCCUGGAACAGAGCCUCCAUGUUCCCAUGUACCUGUUUCUCUUGAACUUGUCUGUGGUGGAUGUGAGUUUCAGUGCAGUUGUUAUGCCUGAAACGCUGGUGGUCCUCUCCACUGAGAAAACGUCGAUUACUUUUGCAGGCUGUUUUGCACAGAUGUAUUUCCUACUUCUUUUUGGUGUGACUGAAUGUUUUCUCCUGGGGGCAAUGGCUUAUGACCGAUUUGCUGCAAUCUGCCAUCCUCUGAGUUACCCAAUGAUUAUGAACAAAAGGGUUUUUGUGAAAUUAGUAAUGUUCUCAUGGAUCUCAGGGAUCACGGUAGCUACGCUGCAGGCCACGUGGGUUUUUAGUUUUCCCUUUUGUGGCCCUGGUGAAAUUAAUCACCUCUUCUGUGAGACUCCCCCAGUCUUAGAGCUUGUAUGUGCAGACACCUUUUUGUUUGAAAUCUAUGCAUUCACUGGCACCAUUUUGAUUAUCGUGGUUCCUUUCUUGUUGAUACUCUUGUCUUACAUUCGAAUUCUCUUUGCCAUCCUGACGAUGCCAUCCACCACUGGGAGGCAAAAGGCCUUUUCCACUUGUGCCUCCCAUCUCACGUCUGUUACCCUCUUCUAUGGCACAGCCAGCAUGACUUAUUUGCAGCCCAAAUCUGGCUACUCCCCUGAAACCAAGAAACUGAUGUCAUUGGCUUACACGCUGCUUACACCUCUGAUGAAUCCUCUGAUCUACAGCUUGCGAAACAGUGAAAUGAAAAGAGCUUUGAUGAAAAUAUGGCGAAGAAAAGUAGAUUUACACACAUUCUGACUAUGCUGGGAAGCCCUGUGACAUUUGGUCACUGCC